AUGGAAGAACCAUCUUCUUCUUCCUCCUCCUCAUCUUCUUCUCACGGUGCUUUCAUCAGUAGGGACACUUCAGGUGCUGCUGCGACGUCGUCUUCAAGCGCUUCGCAGGUCCGCGAAGAGGAGGACGAUCACAAUCAGUAUCAGCAGCACACCGAUUUUCGGCAUCCAGAGGUAGAAACCCACGAAAUCGGCACUUCUUAUGGAGCAAACCUAUCGCCAUUCGAUGAGGUGUCAACAAUCAUUAGGGACGACACGUGGUCCUGCAUCAUCGUCCUCCUCACCUUCUGGUUCUUUGUUUCGAUGACUUUGAUUUUGGGAGUGUAUGGGUCUUCAAGUUUAGAGCUAGGCCCUAAUAGUUCAAUUCUUCUGCAACCUAACCCCAUAUUUGUGCAGUCUAUAAAGGUAGAAGAGGUGAAUAUAUCAAGUCCUGGUCCUGUACUCUAUGGUUUCUAUAAUACUCCUCCUCUUGAUACUGAGACAACUUGGUCAGAAACACAUACUGUCUCCGUUCCAGCUGAUUCUCAUCAGGAGUGGAUAUAUUUCCUAAAUGGGGGGUCUCAAAUAAGUAUAUCAUACAGCGUGUACUCCUCUGUUUUUCUUAUUAUCGCUCAAGGUAAAGAAGGUCUCGCUCAAUGGCUUGAAGAACCGACAUAUCCUAAUACUACUUUAUCAUGGAACCUCAUUCAAGGAAGUGGUAUGAUUGAGCAGGACAUAUCAAAGUCUUCCAGUUACUAUGUUUCUGUGGGUAACUUGAACACAGAGGAUGUGGAGGUGCAUUUGAACUUCACAAUGAAUGCUUUAUUGUACAAUACAAGUGCAGCUUAUUACAAGUGUUCUUUCAAGGAUGCAUCCUGUAGUUUGAAAAUUUUGUUUCCCAAUGGAAAUGCAGCUGUAUUAACAUCUCCUGGUCCAGAGCAGGAUAUACCUAAUGCAAACCAGUAUGUCAAACUGUCUUAUGGACCGAGAUGGGCCAGUUAUAUUGUUGGUAUAGGUGGGAUGACGGUACUCAUGUUAGUGGCCUUCAACUUCUUGAACAAGUUCCGAUGUACCAAUGAAGAUGGAAUAAGAGCACAACAGGAGGAUUUCAGAUCUGAGAGAGCCCCAUUGCUUUCAUACAAAGAUGAGGAUCAAUCAAGUUGGGGUUCAUUGUAUGACUCUGCCUCAAAUGAUGAGGGGGAUCUUGAAGACUUUCUGGCAGCAGGUUCUCUUGAAGGGAAGUCAGUAAGAGAUGGUGAAAGUAAUAAUACUCGUCGUCUUUGUGCAAUUUGUUUUGAUGCUCCUAGGGACUGCUUUUUCCUUCCCUGCGGGCACUGUGUGGCUUGUUUCGAUUGCGCAACAAGGAUAGCGGAGGCAGCUGCUACUUGUCCAAUUUGUCGUAGAAACAUAAAGAAGGUGAGGAAGAUUUUUACAGUUUAA